AUGAGUGGCAGGAGGUCUCGCCGACGCCGACACCAGCCGUCAUCCGUACGGCCCGACUCACAACCGCUGCCGGUGUGCUCCUGGGUCUUGCCUUUAGACAUGGCUCUUGAUUCCGUUGAUGAUGCUUGCGUAUACUGCACUGAGAAGAUGUCAAAAUUGGUGAAAGAAUUUUACCUUGUCCAAGAGAUGAAUACAAAUACAGAGUUUAGGAAUGCCUGGUAUGAGGGACAGAACAGGGCCAAACCAGGCGACGGUCUUAAUAAGGAGCAGGCAGUUGCCACAUGGGUCUACACAAGCAAUGACAUUUACACUAAGUUUAAUGAGGCUGUCAGCAAUGGUAAGGGAAGCUACGAGAACGGGAAAUUCCAAUACACGUCCCUUUACUUUUUUUUGACCACUGCCAUUCAGUGCCUUAAAAAAAAGCAACAACCUCAUAUGAUAACAUAUCGACGAACUGCAAACUUUUAUCACAACAUCCCCAAAGGAACAACAGUUCGACUUGGCAGGUUUGCCUCCUCCUCUUGGGAUGCCAAAGCAAAUGUCAAUUUUGGGAACAAGACUUGUUUCAAAACUCACACCCAGUUUGGGGCUGAUAUAUCAAAUUUUUCUGUAUAUAAACAGGAAAAUGAGAUCUUGAUACCACCAUAUGAAAAAUUCAGAGUGAUUUCUGUUCAGUACAGAAUGUAUAACCCCUAUCUGUGGUGUGAGGUUGUUUACACUCUACAGAGUGUCGGUACCCAGAGCAACCUGAACUGUGCUUUGAUUCACAAAGGUGAACUUUAA